AUGGGCGGAUCUCCCCACCCACCACCCCUUGACGGCACUCUUUCGACUAUAUCUGUCGAUUCUAUGGUCGAAAUACGGCACGAACAUCCAGAGUCGGAGGACCUCCACUCCUCGAGAGUGUCAUAUCCGCACGAAGAGGGCCGAUAUAGGCUCAUAUAUAGCAAAUCUAAAGUGUAUGUGAAUCCUACAGCAUAUGCGAGAGACAACAUUCCUGGUUUUGUUACACUUGUCAAACGGGAGGGCAUAAACCCAACCUACCUUGUAGCAUGGAUUCCAGAGAGCUUGCUCAAUGAGAAAGGGCAAGCGGAGUGGGAUAAGUUCACCAAGGUUGAAGAGAGUGCGUCUCCCGAUGAUGAGGACGAUGACGCGAUACUGAUCGACUUGCCUGUUCAACGACCUGAGUCAUAUGCGUUUUCUGUGCCACUGACCUCGAUUUAUUCCUUGAUUGUCCAUUCUCCUUCUUUAUCCUCGUGGCAUGGUUCGAUUGCCAUUAAUUUGACUAGUGGUUCAACGCUGCCGACCUUAUACUUCCAUGACGACGAAUCCCGCUCCUUUACAUUGUCUGCGAGGUCUCCAUUGGACAGUUCACCUUCUACAUCUUCGUAUCCUCCACCGCCUUCGCAGUCCGCUCCAGCGCUGAGAAGCGGUAUCUCCUGGGGGGGAGAGGACUUGCUAGCAAGAUUGCGCUUCUAUGCUCAUAUACUCCGCUCAAACUUGCAGUCAUCUCUAUACCUGGUAGAUCCAUCGCGAGAGGACAUUGAAGCUCAUUCUACACAGAUCUUCUCAGAUACGGCCGUUGACGAUAUUCUCGCCCAGUCCUCUUACGCAAAUUCCCAUUCACCUAUUCCCGCUCAUCGUCGUCCGCGGCCCCUGUCUUCCCCUCCUAGUCCAUACUCAACACGCGCCUCUAUUCUGCAUCGCUCGCUUCCACAACCUGCAUCAACACAUAACAACUCAUCCCAAGCACGGAUAGCCCUUCUGCAGUCCUUUUCUCAGAUAACUCGUCAUGCAGCUCAUGCAGCGCAGCAUAUCCUCUCACACCCACUCGCCAAGCCCAUCGUCCCCCACCUUCCUGAUCCAGUAAAGAGCUUGGUAAAUGCGAAUGGUGAGUGGGAGUGGGGUAGUUGGGUGGAAAAGGGCGGUGUGGGUGAGUUCGAAAGCGCGCGAGUGUACCUAGCGCGAUGGGCCCGCAUCGUUGCAGAAGAAGGUGAGAAAGCACGACGCCGAGAGACACAGACACUUCCGUCUUCUGAGUUGGUGGAAGAGUCUUCCGAGCUGGGUAUAUUUGAACUUCUGCAACCGAUUACAAAUCUGCCCACACCGAAGACAUCCAGAGAUCCAAAUCAUCCCGUGGACGAACAAACGUGGGAGAGCUGGUUCGAUGACAAUGGCCAGCCUACCAUCAGGGUGGAGGAGUUCAAGCAUGAAGUAUUCAGAAGAGGGAUCAGCUCGGACGGUCGUCUCAGAAAGGAAAUUUGGCCAUUCUUACUCGGAGUUUAUGAGUGGGAUGUCUCUUAUGGCGAGCGACGGAGGCGGUGGCAGGAAAAGCGGGAGCGCUAUCAUUCGUUCAAAAACGAGUGGUGUGGUGUACCAGAAGUAUUUGACCGGCCCGAUAUCUUGGAGGAACGCCAUCGGAUAGAUGUCGAUUGUCGACGCACAGAUCGCACCCAACCUUUAUUCGCCAAUACUACUGCAGAUCUUACCCCAAGCGGCGAGGUCUCAGAAGAUCAGAAGGGCUUGCAUCUGCGUUAUUCGACGAUUUCUCCACAGAUGUACGACAUUGGUGCUCAAGCACCGACCAACGAGCACAUCGAACGACUGGCAGGCAUUCUUUUGACGUACAAUCUGUUUGAGAAGGAACUUGGCUAUGUACAAGGCAUGUCCGAUCUGUGUGCACCAGUAUACGUUGUCAUGGGGGGCGACGAGGAGAUGACAUUCUGGUGUUUUGUCGAGAUCAUGACCCGAAUGAAGCAGAAUUUUCUCCGGGACCAAAGUGGAAUGCGAAAACAAUUGUCGACAUUACAACAAUUGAUCUCUGUCAUGGAUCCGGAACUCUACCGUCACUUAGAGAAAACGGAGUCUUUGAACCUGUUUUUCUGCUUCCGGUGGAUACUUAUACAUUUCAAACGUGAAUUCCCGUUCAAGGAUGUUUUACGUUUAUGGGAGGUAUUGUGGACCGACUACUACAGCAACGACUUUGUCCUCUUCGUGGCUCUCGCGGUGCUCGAGUCUCAUAGAGAUGUCAUAUUGCGAUACCUUGUAGAGUUUGACGAGAUACUGAAGUACUGCAAUGAACUCAGCAUGACUAUUGAACUGGACACAACUCUUGCACAAGCAGAAGUCUUGUUUUUAUCUUUCGCUCAGCGUGUCGCCGAUAUGGACCGUCGAGAAGCUGAGAAGAAGGCCGCGAGCUCCGACGGCAUCCGACGGCGAGUCAACGCUAGCGAUUCUCGUGAAGAUGCGCCUUCUACCAGCCGCAGUACCACACAUACAUCACUUUUGAGCGAAGAUUUACGCAGACUUUUGGUUGCGGGACGAUGA